CGAACAUUUUGCGAACUUUAUGAACAGGAGGUCCCUUAUAUUCCCGUCACUCGAGCAGAAUGCGAGGCGAGCAAAUAUCUUGUCUGCUCGAGCUCCCCUAUACCGAUGCGAUCGCAUGCUGUCUAUCACUUCCACAUGACUGCUGGUGGCAUUGACGAUGAGUCACCGAAAGGUCCAUAUCGUCUACCUUGGCCCUUCUCCCAAUCGACUCUGUGCAUCAGUCAUGUGCUGAUGUGUCUACCCGAUACAAAGCCCAAGCCAAUAUGGCCUUAUACCACCGUGUGUCUCGGCAUUCGAAAGAAAAGCUUCUUGUGGAUUAAAUCCUGGCGUCCAUUGGGUGAUCCUCAUUGUCCUCGGUUGGCUUCUCGCAUCUUUCCAAGCCUGGAACUCCGAAAGACCCGGGGAAUGCUGGUGGAUUUUUCUGGCUUGAUGGCAGGUGAGCCAUACCUUCGCAGACGGCCAGAUUGUUAG